CCAUUCUGAGCAGUGUGAGGUGAAAAAAUAUCAGACACUUCAUUUGCAUGUCAUCCUUGCACAGAGGCCAUGAUAAUCUUCUCUUUGUCAUUCCAAUUUGCAAUAUUUGUGCUGCUGAAGCAAGCACAAGAUAGUUUCCUUUAAAUUCCCUAUAUUUUCCUGCCAGCUGGAUUAGAAAUGCAAGCUCUGGUUUGUUAUUUUUUUAAUCAAAUUAUGUUUCUUUUUUUAUCUCAAGGUUUCAGCCAUACCCCCACUCCCCACCAAUCUGCUCAAAAAAAUUAUAGUACAUUCUAUUGUUCACAAUAGCUACCAAAUAAUCAUUUGUUGACCAAGUGCACAGUCCCUAAUUCUGAAGAGCCGAACAAUUGAAAAAAUCCUUAACUUUCUGGGGCUGAACAAUCAAGAGAAAUUCAAGGAUAUGUGAGAAGACAGGUGCUAUCUUGACCAUCAUUUUCAGACCUUUUACAGGAAAGAGGCAAGGGGCAGAUGACAGCAGAUCAGGACACACAUGAAGAGUACCACAAGGGUCAAGGUAUACAUCUAAGCAAAACAACAACCCAAGAUCAUGGCACAUGACUACAGAACAGCAAAUGUUGAUCAGGGAACACAGCCAGCUGACUUGUGCUUAUGUGAACGGGAGCCAGAAAAACCGGAGAGCUCCAAACAAAGCUUCUGCACGGACAGAGCACGGGAGAAAAUGGAACUACAUUUUGAGGUGCUGCGGAGUUCAACCACUACAGAAGAUAACACUUUGAGACGAUCCAGCAGCGCCCCUUUGAUCAGUGGCUUUGGUGAUAAUUCACAAGUGUUACAAUCUGAUUCAAUAAGAACUGGAAGAAACAGUGCAACAUGUAUAAUACAACACAGUCUGUUUGUGCCAUGUUCUCCCAGCCAUGCUUCUGUCAGUCACCUCCAUCAAAUCAAACAGGAAGAAAGCAUGAGUUUAAAGCAAUGCAAGAAUGAGUAACAACGAGGUAGAGAAACCAUCUCCUGCAAACUGCACUGAUUUAAUUCCAGCAUCUGCAGCAGCUUCUCUCACCGAGGUGACUGGCAAGAUAAGAAAGGAGUGUCUAAAAGUCUGUGUCCCUUGAAAUAUUUGUGAAAUGACGCCUGAUUACCAUCCAAAGAGAAUUUUCCAAGACUCAACCAACAUGCUUUCUUCUGAUACUAAUCCCAGUGUUUAAUAGGAAUGUGUGGGAGAAGAGCUGGCUUAGAUAGAUGUAGAACCGCCCAGUCUGCUUAAGGCAUUACCAACUGAAUAGCUUAGUCCAAAACAUCAGUUCUGUAGAUUAAAAUUUGAAAAAGGACAUAUGCAUUCUGACAUUUUUUCCCCAAUGAAGAAACUAAGAUGGAAAAGGAAAAGUUUGUUCCUAAAUCUGUAGUUCUAAU